AUGGCACGCCUGAUUGGCGCCAACGAACAACUUGCUUAUUCCAUCACUACCCCAUUUCAACUCAUCACCAUGACGAAGCCAGCCAUCCUCAUCGUCCCCGGCUCCUUUGCCCCUCCAUCCAUUUACAAAGACAUCGUCGAGCACCUGCGCAAGGCGGGGUUUCAGGCUGUAGCGCUGCGCACACCGUCAACGUUGAAGCGCAUGCCGCUCCCGCCGGCGACGAUGAGCGACGAUGCGAGUGCGAUCAAGGGGGCGGUUGAGGCUGUUAUCGCUCAGGGGAAGGAGGUUGUCGAUGACCAGGUUGUAUGUCAUUCUUAUGGCGGAACACCGACGACGCAAGCUCUCGCAGGCUUGAAGGUCAAGAGGAUAGUGUAUCUGACGGCGAUUGUGCCGAAGUUGGGGCAGAGUAAUGUCGAGGCUAUGGGUGGGGAGAAGGGGGUUUUGCCGAUGGAAGCUACUGAAGGAUACCUCCAUAUCGAUGCUACCAUGAUGGCCGCAGCGGUUUGCAACGACCUCUCAUGGGACGUGGGGUACGAGCAUUGUCUAAACCUCGCCCAUCAUUCCGCAGCGGCCUUUUUGGAAGAGGUCACACAGGUUGCGUACAAAGACAUCCCAGUAUCAUACAUCUUUUGUGAGAAUGACUUGGUCGUCACGCCAAAGCAGCAGGAAGGUUUCAUUAAUGUGAUCGCGGAAGCGACUGGUAAGGGUGUUGAUGUGGUCAACCUGCCAUAUGGACAUUGCCCAAAUUGGUCUGCUCCAGAGAAGGUGGCGGAGAUAGUUGAGCAAUUGGCGAUGAAAUAGGGUUGAGAUGUUGUUAUGGGGGGAAACGGCUAAGGGACCAUUCCGAGUACCGGAUGCAAUGACUAAAUGUUCCGCUC